UUAAGCAAAUUACCAGCACGGACUUUAGAUGGUGUUUGGCACUUGAGUGCAGCACACAGAGGCCAGAGCGGGACUUUUUCUCUCCUCUGUAACACCCCGAGCCACCACGAAGUCCUUUUUCGGUUAAUCAGACUUCCCCGUGCCAGUUAGAGAAAUGUACCGGUACCUGGGAGAGCUCCUUACCCGAGCGGGAGGCAGCGCUCUGGCCUCGGGACUCGGCGACGCCACUCUGCCGGCCUCGGCGUCUCUCAUGCGGCUGCGGCGCUACAGCGAGGCCGUGGGCAAAGAGGACGACGACCCGAACUUCUUCCGUAUGGUGGAGGGUUUCUUCGACCGCGGCGCUGCUAUCGUCGAGGACAAACUCGUGGAAGACCUGAAGACCAGAGAGACGCCCGAGCAGAAGAGGCACCGAGUCCGGGGAAUCCUUAAGAUCAUCAAGCCUUGCAACCACGUCCUGGCCGUGAGUUUCCCUCUGAAGCGAGACAACGGCGAGUGGGAGAUGAUUGAGGGCUACCGAGCCCAGCACAGCCAGCACAGGACCCCCUGCAAGGGAGGUAUACGUUACAGCACAGAAGUGUCAGUUGAUGAAGUGAAAGCUUUGGCUUCACUGAUGACAUACAAAUGUGCUGUUGUUGAUGUACCUUUUGGUGGAGCGAAAGCUGGGGUGAAGAUCAAUCCCAAGAAUUAUUCUGACAAUGAGCUGGAGAAAAUCACAAGACGGUUCACCAUUGAGCUGGCUAAGAAGGGAUUUAUUGGGCCGGGCAUUGAUGUCCCUGCUCCCGACAUGAGCACCGGCGAGAGGGAAAUGUCUUGGAUUGCUGACACGUAUGCCAACACUAUGGGUCACCAUGACAUCAACGCUCACGCGUGUGUGACGGGGAAGCCCAUUAGCCAGGGUGGCAUCCAUGGGCGGAUUUCAGCCACGGGGCGAGGCGUUUUCCACGGCAUCGAGAACUUUGUCAAUGAAGCUGCCUACAUGAGUCAGUUAGGUUUGACUCCAGGCGUUGCAGACAAGACCUUCGUUAUUCAGGGCUUUGGUAACGUGGGCCUGCAUUCCAUGCGUUACCUGCACCGCUACGGGGCGAAGUGUGUUGGAGUAGGGGAGUGGGACGGAAACAUCUGGAACCCUAACGGCAUUGACCCCAAGGAGCUGGAAGACUACAAGCUGGCAAAUGGUACAAUUGUCGGCUUUCCCAAUGCCACACCCUACGAAGGCAACAUCUUGGAGGCUGAAUGUGACAUUUUGAUUCCUGCUGCUAGUGAGAAGCAACUUACCAAGAAGAAUGCCAGCAAGGUCAAGGCUAAGAUCAUUGCUGAGGGAGCCAAUGGCCCCACCACCCCUGAAGCUGAUAGGAUAUUCCUUGAAAGGAAUAUUAUGGUGAUUCCUGACAUGUACCUCAACGCUGGUGGUGUGACCGUCUCCUACUUUGAGUGGCUGAAGAACCUGAACCAUGUCAGCUACGGCAGACUGACCUUCAAAUAUGAGAGAGACUCCAACUACCAUCUCCUCAUGUCUGUGCAGGAGAGUCUGGAGAGGAAGUUUGGAAAGCAUGGUGGCUCCAUCCCCGUGGUCCCAACCUCUGAAUUUCAGGCCAGGAUUGCUGGAGCGUCUGAGAAGGACAUAGUGCACUCUGGACUGGCCUACACCAUGGAGCGCUCUGCCAGGCAAAUUAUGCGCACAGCCAAUAAGUACAACCUCGGGUUGGACCUGCGGACAGCGGCCUACGUCAACGCCAUCGAGAAAGUCUUUAAAGUGUACAAUGAGGCUGGCCUCACUUUCACAUAGACACCUGAUCAGAUCUGUCUGCAUGUCUGUCCAUCCAUCUACACAGACACGCUGCAUCUUCACUGCCUCCUCCCCAGCCAAGAUUCUUCAGUUUACAUUUAACAUAUUCAUGUAUAAUGUUUGUAUGUAUAUGGCAUAUGUACCAUAUGGCUUUGUUAAGUUUCCUUCCCUCACAGCUUUUAUCCACUCUAUAACACCAAAGAUCUGUGUUCUUUCAACACGCCGUCAUAUCCAUCUACUCUGAGAGUAAUAUCUUGCCAGAAAAUGCCGAAAAGGAUGGUAUUUAUACUGUAUAAUGCACAUUUUAUGUUAAUCUCUGCGGUGUUGUGUUCAGGGAAGUUUUAACCCCUGCUUUUCAACACAUCAUAUGCAAAGAUCCAUCCAGCCUUAAUACCACACAGCAGUCUAUAAAACACGAGUGAUCGUGUUUUUUUAAUUUUGUUGUUUUAUUUUAAAGGACAUUUUUUCUCUUUAAACCAACUUAAAGGCAUGCAAAGGUCAAUAAUGAAGGCAAUGCAUGGAAAAUGAUCUCAGGCUUUUAUAUGUUACCAAAAUGCACAGAUGUGUAUUUAUCUGUUCUUGCACUUGGCUUAUCCUUUUAUUAUUGAAAAAUAUAUAUUACGGUGCUUUUUUGCCUAAUAUGCAACUGUUAGCGAUAGCCAAAUGCUUCCAUGGUGAAAGGUAUGAAGCAUGUCUUAAUUGUAAACAUGCAGAGUGUAUACAUCCAGUAUGUAUAUCGAAGGGAUUAUGUUUGGGAACAAAUGGUUUAUUUUCUUAAUCAUGUGAGCAUAGAAAAUGAAGUGACUUUGAAUCUUUUUGGGAGGAGAGUUUAUAUGGCUUUAUUUAGGAUAAAAUGUAAUAAAAUGUAUACACAGUU